CCUGAUACUUAACUUGUCAGGACCCAACUAUUGAGUGAGCUUUUGGAGCAAGUUAACAUUCAUAUGAAAACAGUUACAGCAACAGGCUGGAAACAAUGACUGGUGUGGAAAGCUACCGCUUUUCCCAGGACUUAGCCCAUGUCUAUUUGACAAUAUUUUCACUUUUCUGCUUCAAACUAUUUGUGAAAAUCAGCCUCGCCAUCCUCAGCCACUUCUACAUAGUCAAGGGGAACCGCAAGGAAGCAGCGCGGAUAGCAGCAGAGUUUUACGGAGCUACCCAAGGUCAAGGUUCCUGGGCUGACCGUUCGCCUUUACAUGAGGCAGCCAGUCAGGGACGCCUCCUAUCCCUCAAAACCUUGCUUGCACAGGGUCACAGUGCCAACACGUUGACAAUAGAUCAUGUUUCUCCCCUGCACGAUGCCUGUCUGGGGAACCAUGUAGCCUGUGCAAAAGCCCUCAUAGAAGCAGGUGCCAAUGUCAAUGCCACUACUAUUGAUGGAAUCACUCCCCUGUUCAAUGCGUGUUCCAGUGGUAGUGCAAGUUGUGCAGAGCUGGUAUUGCAGAAUGGUGCCAAACUACAAGGGCAGGACUGUUGGGCUUCAGCCAUUCAUGAAGCAUCAAGCAAAGGUCGCAGCGAAUGUAUGCAAGUGUUGAUCUCCUGGGGUGUGGACAUUGACUUGGAUAUCUCUCAUCAGGGAACACCACUUUAUGUAGCUUGUGUCCAUCAACAGUUGUUUUGCAUUAAAAAGCUUCUUCAUGCAGGUGCCAAUGUCCAGAAAGGCAAACAUUUGGAGACUCCCUUACAUGCUGCUGCCCGCCAGUCCAAUCCAGAAAUCGUUAAGAUGCUGCUUGAGUUUGGAGCAGACAUUAGUGCCAGAAAUGCAGAAGCAGAGAGGCCUAUUGAUGUCGCUGUCACCAGUAGCCCAGUGGACAGGUUGCUUCUGCAUUAUGAAGCAACACCGAGCUCCCUGUGCCAGUUGUGUCGCCUGUGUGUUCGAGGUUGUCUCGGAAGAGCCCGCUUACAGUUCAUUCCACAGCUGGAAUUACCCAAGCUACUGAAGGACUUCUUGCAACAUAAGGAACCUACUUCCCUUUGAACCCACCAGUCUGUAUGGGAAGCUGGUUUCAGAUCUUGGCUCUGCUCUUUUCUGUAUAUAGAGCAUGUUUUAAACCUGUUUCAAUGUAGUGCAAUGGCAAUCCAUUGUAACCCCAGUUUCUGUAGGCUGUUUGUCUUUGUCUGGGCAGCUAAGAAUGUAGUACUGUACCAUGAAACAAACUGGAUCAGUGUCAGUCCACAGUGAGAUCACUGAAUUUCUCCCUUGCUCCCCUGUAAGCAGAGGGAGAGGAAUUCUUCCCGAUCUUGCCUGUUGCUUUGGUGCAAAAUUCAAGUUAGGUGUAAGAGGCAGCACCAAUUCCUGGGCAUAACCUCCUGGAAAUGAGUCUUACCCUGCUGGAGGCUUCUAAGUGCUUGGAUAGCUACUCAGUUUAAGUAAAGUCAAUGUGCUGCCUUUUCUGGAGAUCUGGAAUAUAAACAGAAAGUACUCAGCAGGUCUGAAUGCACCUGGGGAGACAGAAACAGAGUUAAUGUCUGAGUUCAAUGAGAGUCUUCUUUGAAAUUGAAUGGAAUGUAUUUAUUCACUAUGAAUUCUUUCUUCUACUUUGAUUAGACCUCCUACCCAAUCCCUUCAUUCCCAGUGCCUUGUUCGUAUGGGUUUGCUCUCAGCAGGUAGAAUUGAAGAAUCCCUAAAGAGUGGAAGCAGGCCAUUCAGCUCAUUGAGUCCACACUGAACCUUCAAAGAGAAGCCCACCCAGUGCCACGCUCCCAACUUUAUUCUGUGACCCUGCAUUUCCCAUGGUUAUUCAACAUAACCUGCACACCCCCGGACACUAUGGACAAUUUAGUAUGGCCAAUCUACCUAACCUGCGCACCUUUGGACUGUAGGAGGAAACCAGAGCACCUAGAGGAAGCCCACACAGGCACGGGAGCAUGUACAAACUCCACACAGACAGUUGCCCAAGGCUGGAAGCUGGCUCCUAGUGUUGUGAGGCAGCAGUGCUAACCACUAAGCCAUCGUGCCACCCUUGACCUAUUUUUGGCUAUCAGCUAUCACCAGUAAUACCUGCUCUUCAUCUAUGUCUUUUCUCUGCUUCCACUGGCACUCCCCUUUCUCUUUGCUCCAAGGCACGCUUACCAACUGUUCUUCAUAUUCCACUGCCCCUUCUUCUAAGCAGCAUAAAACCCAUCACCCGCUUCCAUUUCUGAAAGUGUAUCAUAUUCAACCUGAAACAUUAACAUUGUUUCUGUCUUCACAGAUGCUCCCUGACCUGUUGAGUUUCUCCAGCACUUUCAGCAGUUUUGUAUUUCAUCUCAUUCAACCGUUAGUCCUUCCAGGUAUGCUCAUCAAGCACCAUGUUUUGUGGUGCCAGUGCUAAAUAUGUCAAAAACUGCUGAAAGAUUCAGUGUAGGUUGUAUGUGCCCUGCAACCUUAAGGUCCAUUCAAGGUCAAACUGGUGGUCCGCAAAAUUAUACUUGUUCUCUUUUCACUCACCUUAAUGUGGACCCAACAGAAGCAAGACCAGCCCUCCCAGCUCUGUGGAAUUGCUGUAAGCUGUUAUCAGUCUACAAUCACGAUUGUUUUUCACUCCCAGCCAGCCAUGCCCUUCCUUGUGGCCAUACAUGUGAAAUGUCUGACUUCGGUAAGCUCACUUUGGAAGACUGAUUCAAGAUGCCUGCUGGUAAAAUUAAAUACAUUAGUUUCUCCCCAAGUUGAGUAGCUCCUCACUAAAUGAAAGGAAAAUGACUGCAAAUGUUAAAUUUGUGGAAUAAAAAUGGAAGGUUGUGGAAAAUCUCAGCAGGUCUGGCACACAUCAGUGGCGAUAGAAGCAAAGUUAAUGUUUCAAAAUCAAAAUGGCUGCUCUUCAGAGUUCUGAAGAAGACUCAUAUUGGGCUUGCUCUUGCUCUGACCACAGAUGCAGCCAUACUUGCUGAGUUUGUCCUGCACUUUUCUCUAUUUUGGCUUUGGUCAUUCCUCAUGCCAUGCCUUAUUCCCUUGGGGCACAGUUUAAUACCAGCCCACUUCCUUCACAAUGUAACUUCAGUUCUGAGCUUCCUCACUUUGAACCACCUAUGCCAACACAGCUAUUUUGCCAUCUCUAAAGGGCAUGCACAAAGUAAAGCAAUUGUCACUGUUGAAAGAUCUGGAACCAAUUUAACCCAAUGAAUGUUCCACCCAAUCAUUGGUCUGCGUGUUAGGUUAAAAUUAUCUGUCAUGUGACAAAUGUACUGCUACAGCAUGAUUGCCUUGACAUAAGAUUAAAACUACAUUAAAUCACAAUCAUCAAAACACUGAAAAUACCAGUACAUCUCCUAUAUUUUAAAAAUGUGCUUUAUAUUUCUCAGGUCCAUUCGUAUUGCCGAAUAUUACUGGCUUGUCGGUUUGAUAGUAAUAGACAAAAUGUUCUGAAAUGACUGAGUAUCUGCUGUUUUUAUUGUCUGUGAAGCAUCAUUUUACCUCUGUUAAUGCGCAUUCAUCUUAAUCCAUUUUGUGCCUUCACUUAAUUUGUGAAACACUUUAUAUAUGUAAAACUAUAUUCCAGGAUUUAUGAUGCAGCUCUGUUGGCUGCAUGGCUUGUGAGUGAUGUAGGCUCAAUUCCUACUGAGGCCACUGUCCUUCUCAAUCUCUCCUUUUGCCUGAGGCACCGUAACUCUCAAGUUAAACCAUCACCAAUCGUCUCUCUCUCUCUCUCGCUCUCUCUUUUUCUGUCUCUCGAAUGAAAGAGCAGACCUCUGGUCUAGUAGGACAGUGAUGGCUUUACCUUUUAUACAUAAAUAGGUUGCCUCUUUUUAGCUCAUUUACUGAAAAUAUUUUUAGGCAACUUUUUAAACCAAAUGACCUGACUGUUGAGGAUAAAACAAUAAUGGAGACCUAAAAGAAAUUCAUGCUUUUUUUUUCUGGUUAAGGCUGCGUUGCAUUGAAUUAUUUGGAGGUUUCUCACUGCGAGGGUUUUCUCAUCCUACUUUACCAAACCUGCUUCAUUGAUGAGCUACCCUGCCCCACCUGGUGCCUCUCAAGUUUGGCUUUGCCUCCACUUUGUCACAGGCUGUUCCCAGAAACAUUCACUGCUUAGUAUCCCAGAAUUCACCAGCAUCCCUUCUGCCAGUGCCAUCUACAAAAGCCUAUGUUUUCACCUGGACAAACACCAUCAGUCCAGAGCUGGCCUUUCAAGGUUCCUGAUACCAGCCUGGAACAUAGCAGGCAUGGAGAAGUCAGUGCCUCACUUCAUGGGCAAAGACCGAGAUUAUCCUUUUCAGUGGGUUGGUGCACAGGUGGGACUUCCUCUUAUUCCAAAACCACUAGCAGAGGCCAUGGCAGCAGACUGUGCCAGCCUGGUCUGAGGCUGCCACCUGGAUUAGAGCAAUCUCAGCCUGGACAAAGGACCAGCAGCGUAGGAAGAUGGUCAAUACUCUUCUCCACUUUGCCAGCGUAAGGUGCCACUGUCUCCUCCUUUACCUUUGAUCCCCUUCCCCUUUUCCUCUUGCUAGGUUCCUUUUCAUAUGAUGUCUGUCUGCAAUAAGCUUCAGCUCUAAGAAAGGCUCUAAGAUAACAAAUAUUUGCAGGUUUUCUUCUGUCUCCCCAAUCGUUGCCUGAACUGCUGAAUAUUUCAAAAGUUAAUAUGAAGUAAUUGAUCCUUUUUUGCACCAGGGAUAUAUCGUCCAAAUUUUUGUGGCUUCCCUUCACCUAAUAGCACAAAGAAUAACUUUCCUCUGUAAUCUGUAUGAUACCUGUCGGUCACUUGAUAUUGACCACAUUGAAUGUGAGUUUAAUCCCUACUCCAAGAACUUGAGAGUAUAAAAUGAGAAUUACAUUUCUCAGCAGCACUGCAGGGGUGUUGGAUUGUUGAAUGCACUGUCUUUCCCAUGAAAUAUCAAGUCCUUUCUGCCUCUUGGCUGGAUACGAAAGAGGCCGUGGCCUAUUUCGAAGAAGAGCAUGGAAAUUACCAUUGGUGGCCCGGCCAAUAUUUAUCCCUCAACUAUCAUCAACUAUAAAAAACUUUAUUUGGUCAUUAUCACAUUACAGUUGUGCAGCCUUACUAAUUGGCUGCUCACUUCCUGGAUUACAACAGGAGCUGCUCCUCAAGUAAGUGUUUAACUGGGUGUAAAAUCCUUUGGGAAAUCCUGCAGUUAUGAAGAGCACUCUUGUUUAUUGCUACAGCUGAGCCGAUAGAGAUGCUGUUAGUUUCUCAGCUCCCUGGCUCCCAAGGAACACACUCACUAUAUAAACUUGUGUGUGCCAUAAACCUUAGCUCAAACCUGUGAAUCUCAUUAACCAAGGCCUACAGAGUAAUAGGCACAUAGACCCCCUCCUUCAUGAUAGGGCCUUGCACCAAGAGAGAGAAAAAGAAAUCCAACAGGAACACUGACUUUGGGGCCUACAGGCUACUAUCCAAAAACAGGAUUCAGUAGAAGAUUCACUACCUUCAGUGACCUACAGUGGAGGGCCAUGUGCAGAUGGAUGUUUGAGAAGUGAAAGAUAAGUUUGUUCCCUUUCCAGAAUUUACCUUCUGACCCCUUAGUUCCUCAAAUCGAGUCAAAGAGGUGAGGCAGGUUCAAGACUUAAAAAAUACUUGGGGCUCCUGUCUUCAAGGGCCCGGGAGGAAUCUAGGCCUCAAGCCUCACUGAUGCUUUCUUCUCUCCUUCAUGCAGUUUCUAUGCUUUGCUUGUCUGAUGCAAAAGUCUCCUGUCCAACCCAAACUCACUCAUUUCCAAAGGGAGGUCAUUCCGGGUCUGCACAGAAUCACAUAGGUGCAGCAAACACUGGGUCGGCUGAAGACCAUGCAUGCAAAAUUGCCCACUAAAUUUCAGAUACCUUAAAGCGUCCCAAAGCAUCAGGACUAAGAAAACUCCCCAGUUAUCAUCAGAAUUUAAGAGUAUCAGGACUGACAAAGUGUCUCUUGGUACUGACGCACAAAUGUGUAGUACAUGAACAAAUACUGAAAAUCAUUAAUUUAAUCAGUAAUAAACAUAAAUGCAAAAGAAAUGUAAUAUAUUAAGGCUGGAUUAUUUUAAUGUAGGCUUAAAGCUAUCGGGCAUCUACUGUGAACAACCAAUCCUGUGAGAAGGCUUUCAUUUUUUAGGUUAUCAAUUCCUAAAUCUAUGCAUCAAGUUCAUGUGCGUUUAUUGCUUAAAGUGACUCAUGUAUUAUUGUUCUGGCACAAUGCAUUUGAAUUAAAAAAAAAUUAAAAGA